GACAAACGUAGCAGAGUAGCGAUCGAAUCGGUCCAUUUGUAGCAAUUGCAGCAACUGUCUGCUAGUGCAACUCUAAAGCAAACUUUGUUCAUUAAAUUUGAAUAUGUAUUAAGAAUAUAUAGUUUAUAGUGCUAUUUAAUAAGUCGCUGGGUAUUACAUAUAGGAAAUACCAGAAGUCUUUCUCCGCGAGGCCUGUGAUAUGAAUGAAACCUCAUGUUGGGUUUAACAGCAACACAUCUGUGAACUAGCACCAUUUAGCCAGUUAACGUUAGCUACUGUUGGCUGGCUGAAUUGGUAAGCCUUUAUCUAACUUACCACUCUUACAACGUUUUUAUAUAUACCUAUAAAAACAAAUCUAGUUAUACUUGCGCUGCGUGUUGGAUCGCCUGAUGAGGUUUAUUGGCAUUAUUCAAUCGAGCAACACAUACCAUAUUCUGGACAAUACCGAGAACAUGGUGCUGCCUUUCUUGGUUUUCUUCUUUUGGUGAAUCGCAUUUUUUUUUCUUAGAUGACGUGGCCUGUUGAUUUUUUGUUAUUUGUUGCUCUUGGAUUGUUACAAGCUCAGCCGCUCCUCUGAUAUCAGGAGAUCUUCGUAUUAUCCUCAUGGAUUUGAAUUUUUACUCGGAUCUCUCUGACGGGACUGGUCAACAUGUUGAUUCCGAGUUCAUGGAUAACUCGUCUUACAAUGGAUAUGAUCCAGUGAACAAGUUCGCAGGUGGCAAUGAUUCAUACCUGACCAUCAGUGGACCUGGUCAUCAUUGGUCAUCUGAGGUAGUGCUACACAAACCUCAAAAAACAUUCCAUACACCCUGUCUGGGUGAUGAAGAGUUUGAAAUCCCACCGAUCUCCUUGGAUCCAGAUUCUGCACUCACCAUUGAAGAUGUGGAAGCCCAUUUUGGAGAGCUGGCUGAACAGGCUGAGACCUCGAGUGCUUCUGGAGUUGGAAAUAGUCUUGCCAGUAAUCCUGUGGUAGGGGGGAAUGAUCCCUCUUUUGCUUCUGCUUUCAUGAAUCCAUCAUCUCAGGGCAUAGAGCACCUGAGUAUGGGUGUGAUUAACCAGCGGGGGGGAAGUGCACUACUGAGCUCAACUCUGGGUGUGGAUCUUGGGCAUUCAGUUGGCUCCCAUUUCAACAGUUCCUCUUCCAUGACUAUUGACGUUCCAAUAAACGACAUGAACCACAGUCUCUUAGGACACAGCCAGCUCACCACCAUAGACCAUUCAGAUCUAAGUGCUCAGUUAGGGCUCAGCCUUGGUGGUGGAGGCAGUGUGUCAAAGUCUCUUGACCAACCGCUGUCAACCACUGACCCUGCUGGCUCGUUACAGGAUGAAGACAUGGAGGAUUUCAGACAAAAAACUAUGCUGGUGGACCCAUCCUCAGCCUCUCCGGCGAUUGUUUCGCACAUCCCCAGCUUGACGGGUUCCGCCCAGCUCUCCUCUGCUCCUCCAGCUGUGGUGAGGAGGGUGGGUGGUAAGCCGGCCAUGGUGCCUCUGACUGCAGCGGACACAGGAGCAACACACGGAGGCAAAAAAGGAAAAAAGAAGAAAGAUCCUAAUGAACCACAGAAGCCAGUCUCAGCCUAUGCUCUGUUCUUCAGAGACACCCAGGCAGCCAUUAAAGGCCAGAACCCCAAUGCCACAUUCGGUGAGGUGUCAAAGAUAGUGGCGUCCAUGUGGGACAGCCUUGGAGAGGAGCAAAAACAGGUUUACAAAAGGAAAACGGAUGCAGCCAAGAAAGAGUAUCUGAAAGCGUUAGCAGCCUACAGAGCAAAUCAACUCUCAAAAUCAUCUACUGAGGUGGAGGAUAGCGCUCCUUCUACUCCUCCCUCUGUCCCCUGUCCCGCACCCGUCACUUCUGCUCCUGCUGCCCCUGCCCGUCCACGGCUGACGCCCAUCCCUGAGCAGAACACCAUCACCAACAUCUGCGCCUCCAAUAUCAUCCUCGACGGGCCUCAAGUCACCACCCGUUCCCGCACGGGCUCUCUACCCCUGGCCAUCAGCCAGCCCCCGACCCCCACUGUCACAAAAAUCAUCAUCUCCAAACAGAUGCUGGGAGGUUCUCAGAUCCACCAGAUCCCCACGUCCAUGGUGACGGUGAUUCCAGCUGGAUUGCGAGCCGUGCAGCCGGCUGCUGCUGGACGACAGCCUCCACCACUGCAGCAGAUGCAGGGCACCCCACCGCCACCACGUCUGCAGCAGAUGGUACAAACACAAGCCCCGCCUCCGCUUCAGGCCAAGCCCCGUGGAGGGGCAGGAGGCUCUGUGGCUGUCACGGCUACACCACCUCCACCUCUUCAGAUAAAGAUUGUCCCUGCUUCUUUACACUCCGACCUCUCCACACCGAUUAUUGUUACUACAGCUACAAGUGCUAAUCCUGUUAUUGCCUCAACCACCAUCUCAGCCUCAGCACAUCCCGCCCCUGUUGAGGUGCAAGUUGAAGAGCCCAGAGAGGAGUUGGUCACUGGGAUGGAUGAGGCUGUGACGGAGGAACCCGAAGAGAUGGAGAUGGAGGUAAGUGUUGCUCCUGAGGCCUCCUCUUCAGCUCCUCCUACAAAUCUCUGUGUCCGUGCUGGAUGUACAAACCCUGCCGUGGAGAGUCGAGACUGGGAUAAAGAGUAUUGCAGCAAUGAAUGUGUGGCAACACACUGCAGGGAUAUUUUCAUGGCCUGGUGUUCAAUCAAGAGCCAGAACUCAGCCACCGUCAAAUAAAUGAGAAUCCUCCUGUUUCUGGCCCUUAACAUGCCUGGAUAUCUUUUUAUGUGAACACAACAGAAGUUUACUGGAUUUCUGAGUGAAGGUGUAGUGUUUUUGUUGUAAAUAGCUAAGGCAUGAAAAAAAAAUCACUCCCCAACUUGUUUGUUUUCCACAUUGAAAUUGUCAGAAAAAGACUUAUGUGAUUGUAGUACUUUAUUUGGACCAUAUUUGUUUUCCACUCAGUUUUGCUCCAGUGAUUUAUUUUUUUAUGUGUGUUUCUAGUGAUUUGUGUUAAAGUGGGACAAAAUCCAAACCUUUGUAUUAUAUUCAAAUAUAGUAGUUUUGAUUAUGAUGAAAAAUUUGAGUGUUAGUGAAUCUCAAGUCAUACAAUCAUUCUGGAAUUCUAUUAUUUUUUUGUUUAAUGCCAUUUUCUCAUGUUGUACUGACAGUAUCUUAGAUCAGUGUUCAGAAGUGCUCUCAUGUCAAAUAUUUUUGCCUUAGUUAUGGGGUUUUGCUGACUUUUUUUUUUAGAUUGUGUUACAGAAAUUAUUCAAGUGUUAAUAAAAGGCAGCCAAAAUGGUUUAAGUUUCUGAAGUCAUUGUUAACCGACAACUUUGAAAUGAAGUGUUUUUAGUCCACUAUAAAAGGCGUCUUUGUCUACCGAUGACUAUUCAAACAUAUAUUCUG